AUGCAGCGGCCUGGGGAGCCCGGCGCCGCGCGCUUCGGGCCGCCCGAGGGCUGCGCCGACCACCCGCCGCACCGCUACCGCAGCUUCAUGAUCGAGGAGAUCCUCACCGAGCCGCCGGGGCCCAAGGGCGCCGCGCCCGCCGCCGCCGCCGCCGCCGCCGCGGGCGAGCUGCUCAAGUUCGGCGUGCAGGCGCUGCUGGCGGCGCGGCCCUUCCACAGCCACCUGGCCGUGUUGAAGGCCGAGCCGGCAGCGGUGUUUAAGUUCCCCCUGGCGCCGCUCGGCUGCUCUGGGCUGGGCUCCGCGUUACUGGCAGCAGGGCCUGGCCUGCCCGGCGCCCCUGGCGCUCCGCACCUGCCGCUGGAGCUGCAGCUCCGUGGGAAGCUGGAGACGCAGGGCACUGGGGAGCCGGGCGCCAAGGCCAAGAAGGGGCGUCGGAGCCGUACGGUGUUCACUGAGCUGCAGCUGAUGGGCCUAGAGAAACGCUUCGAGAAGCAGAAGUACCUCUCCACGCCCGACAGAAUAGAUCUCGCUGAAUCCCUGGGCCUGAGCCAGUUGCAGGUGAAGACGUGGUACCAGAAUCGGAGGAUGAAGUGGAAGAAAAUAGUGCUGCAGGGCGGCGGCCUGGAGUCUCCCACCAAGCCCAAGGGGCGGCCCAAGAAGAACUCCAUUCCCACGAGCGAGCAGCUCACGGAGCAGGAGCGCGCGAAGGAGGCAGAGAGGCCAGCGGAGGCGCCAGGCGAGACCAUCGACAGGGGCCGCGAGGACUGA